UUUUUUUUGUUUUCUUUUUGUUCUUCGAACGCCACUACUGCCUUUCCCAAAAGGCAGCGUUAACAGUUAGCAAUACACUUUCACAUUCCCACCAUAGCCAAUCAUGGGUAAACGAAUCCAAGGAGCCAAGCUCCGAGCGAAGAAACGUUCGCAGGCGGCCGUUGAAGAGCUUCAAGAACAACAGGCGGAAGCGGCCUCCAGUCAAUCCGUGGUCAACAAACCCAACCAGGAUUUGUUCGUGUUAGAUACCACCGGCGAUACCGUGCCGCAAUCUCAGGCAGCGGAGAAAACCGAGAAGCGCAAAAAGUUCCGAACCAUGUCCGAAAAAGACAAAGAGCAGGUGCAAAAGUUGCUACGGAAGCACGGUAAGGAAGAACUCGAGUCGUUGGCACAAGCCGGUCAAGCUAUCGCAAAGCACAAUCGUUUGCGUACCAGAGGAGCGCGGAACAAUAGCAAGGCGGAUUUUGAUUUGUGGAACGACGAACCGUCAAAUGAUGCACAGAUUGUAGUCAAGGAGGACUCGAUCGAAGUCUACAAACAUGCCAUUGGCUCUGCUUGGGCUGGCACAGCGCCGGAAGCUUGUGUAAUCAAGGCACAAAAAGCCAAGGUACAACCGAAAUUGGCAGUCGCUGUUGAUGUUGCUAAAGAUGGACAGUCCUAUCGUCCUGAUCCAAACGCACAUAAGUCAAUAAUCCAAAAAGCUGUCGAUUUGGAAAUGCGACGGGGAAAGGCCAUUGAAUACAACCGCACUCCAAUCGCCCAGGGCUUGUCGGAAGAAACCAAGGCGUUACUCGUUGAGGAUACGGACUCGGAAGAUGAAGAAAGUGACGUAGAGAACGAAACUGAAGAUAUUCUGGCCGGUUCGCUACCUCGGAGAACAGACAAGCUUACUAAAGCGCAGCGCAACAAACAGAGGCGCCUACGCAAGGAACAGGUGCUACUUGAAAUGAAACGUCGGGAAAAGAAGCUGAUGAAGCAAGUCGGAGAAGUAGGUCGGUAUAGAAAGGAACUUACACGAGCCGAGCGUGAGAAAAAGGACGAGGUGGAAAGACAAAAGGCGGAAGCGGAAAAGAAACGACCACUGGGAAUCGAUUUGGAGCACCAGCACGCCGCAAAGGAUCCUAUAUCUACACCCACCUACCCAGUUGCCUUGCCGAAUGAAAUCCAAAGGUCUAGCUUGCGCACCAUUAAGCCCAAGGGAUCCUUGUUGACGGACCGCAUGAGUUCCUUUGCGGACCGUGGUCUGGCUGAAAAGCGGAUGCGUAAAGAAGGCAAAAAGUAUACACACGGCAAACGGCGGAAAUUGAACGUAAAAGGGCGCAAGAACAACGAAAGCACCGGCGCUACGUUUGUGGUGAAAGGAUAAGAUGGUAAAAUAUGCUUACGUAAAUCAACAGCUAUUCUGCGGUUAUUGAUUUC